UCCAGCGGAAGUAAACAAGGCAACCCCUAGUAGCGUCGAUUUCGCUGGAAGAAGGUAUUGUAGUCGUUGCGUCGCUAAUGAUUGCAUUUGUAAUUGAACAACAAUGCCUUCAGUUGAGUCUCUGAGAGAGUUUGUGAACGAGCGACUAACUGCAGCUGCUGAGGAAAUAUUCGGAGUUUUUAGAAAAACUGUCCUCGAGUACGAAGAAGAGAUCGACCGUCAGCGCAGACUGCUGGAUAUCGCUUGGAAACCCGAAAUACAGUUACACAGGACAGAGCUCCCACAGCAACAUGUCUGUAAGGAAGAGGAGGUUCUCGCUGACCAGCAGCUCUGUGUUCAGGAGAGGAACUCCAGUCUGGACCAGGAGGACCCAGAGCCUCCACAGAUUAAAGAGGAACAGGAGGAACUCUGCAGCAGUCAGGAGGGAGAGCAGCUCGUACUGAAGCAGGAGACUGAUGCCUUUAUGUUGACUCCUACUUAUGAGGAAAGUGACGACAGUGAACCAGAACCAAACAGAGACCACCAGCUCCUCUCUCACAGCUCUCAUGUAGCUGAGAGUCAAGAUCAGGCAAGAGGCAAGCAUGAAGACUCAGGAUCAACUAGAGAUGCAGAGCCAGACCCAAAUAAUCAACAUCACAGUAACAAUGUAUACACCUCUACCAUGUCAGACAUUCACUAUAAUACUCACCCAGGUAAAAAGUUUUGUGGAAUAGAUUUUAAGUAUAGGUCAACAUUGCAGAGACAUGUGAGAUGCCACACAGGUGAGAAGCCAUAUUCUUGCAAUAUAUUCCUCUCUCACAACUCUCAUGUAGGUGAGAACCAAUAUCAGGCAAGAGGCAAGCAUGAAGACUCAGGAUCAACUAGAGAUGCGGUAUCAGAAAACCAGAAAGUACAUCGUAAAAGUCACAGUAACAAUGUAUACAACUCUACCAGAUCAAAACUUCACAGUAAAAAGCGUCCAGGGCAUAUUUCUACCUCAAGGGUAGAAAGAUUACUCAACUCCAUGGUAGAAGACAACUCUGAGGUGGAGGACCUGUCGGACAGUGAUGCUGCCGAUCCUGGUGUGGAGCUGAAUCAUGAUUAUCCAUCUGACUCAACUGAUCUGCAAAGCAGUGAUGACAGUGCAGAGAUGCAGAGGUCCAGUGGACCUGUGCGCAAACGUAAGCGUGGACCUAGUGCAGGUGAACAAGGACAGCGCUGGAAGUCGGCUCCAUUUGCUCCGGACGUGGUUCCGUUUGAGGCUGAAGAUGAAAGGCUGCAUGAGCGCCAACACUGGCAACCACUGGACUAUGUGCAACAGUACAUGGACACAGAGUUGAUGAAACUAAUUUCCCACUGUACAAAUGCUAUGUCCCUAGUAAAUGGUGGUAGGUCUCUCAACACUACAGUUGAUGAGAUCUAUCAUUUUUUUGGUGCAUCAAUUCUAAUGUCUUGUGUGCCUUACCAGCAAAUCAGAAUGUUCUGGUCCAACAGCUUACGCAUACCAGCCGUCAGUGACAAAAUAAAGCGGGACAGAUUUUUCAAACUCAGGCAACAUCUGAAAAUCGUCAUUGAUGAUGACAUCUCAGAAGAAAUGAGGAGAGUGAACAAAUUUUGGAAGGUGUGGCCGUUCAUGGAUCGCAUUCGAAAAGGCUGCCUGCUUCAGGCUCGACCAGAAUGGGUGUCAAUCGUCGAGCAGAUGAUCCCAUUUACUGGAGCCUGUCCAUUUAGACAGUUUGUGCCACUGGAGCAUAAUCCAGUUGGCAUGAAAAACUUUGUGCUGGCUUCAGCAGGUGGAAUUGUACUGGACUUUGAGGUAUACCAGGGUGCAAAGGCACUGAGUGCACAAGUUCAAGACACAGAGGGACUGGGUUUGGGGGCCUUGGUCAUUGCACGUCUAUCUGAAACGCUGCGUUCUGGCACAAAAGUGUACUGUGAUAGGUGGUUUACGACCAUGAAGGCUGUGGAUCAGAUGCUAGACAAGCAAGUGUACCUAACUGGUAUGGUGCUGAAGAACAGGGUCUCCAAAGCACAGGUGAAGUUACCAUCUGACAAAGAUAUGAAACUGCAAGGGAGAGGUACCUCAGCAUCAGUCACCAGGGGGGAUGGGAAGGUAUGUGUGGUAAAGUGGUACGACAUCAAGCCCGUUCUGAUGGUUUCUACUGUUCAUGCCGAAGAACCUAAAGACACCUGCCAGCGAUGGUCCAAGAUGGACAAACAGUACGUGAAUGUCACACGGCCGAGUAUUGUGAGAGAGUACAGUUCCAAGAUGGGUGGGCUUGACUUGAGAGACCGAAUGAUGAGCUAUUACCAUAUGAGUGUGCAAACAAAGAAGUGGACAGUGAGGAUGCUAAUGCACUUCACGGACCUUGCCUUAGCCAAUAGUUGGCUUUUGUACCGGCAGGACAACAUUGAUAUAGGUACACCAAGAAAGGGCAUCAUGCAGUUCCUGGAGUUUCGCAUGACAGUGGCUCAGGCAUAUCUGAGCAAGUGCAACUCUGAUGGUCAACAUGUACUGUUAGAGCAUGCACACCCCAGCACCACCCCGCCACAACAAGGACCUCGCAGACAGGUCACUCCUGUACGCCACAUCUCCUCCCGCACAACCUCUGCGUGUCAUCUGCCAGAGAUGGUGAACCUGAGAAACCCAAUGCGCUGCAGAGAAAAGGGCUGCUCGGGGAAAUCGCGAGUGCGGUGUGUGACCUGCAAUGUCUUCCUGUGUUUGCAAACGGAGCGCAACUGCUUUGCAGCAUUUCACACAGCACAGGUGUGAACUGAAUUGAUGAAUCACAUUGUUUUUGCACAGCCAAGUUUAGGCAUUAAAAUACACACACACACACACACACACACACACACACACACACACACACACACACACACACACACACACACACACACACACACACACAGUUUGAAAAUUUGCACAGCCGUGUUCUGUUCUGAUGAAAAACAUGUUUCUGUUGAAAUAAACCGUUUUCUACGUUGUUACACA